AUGAGAAAUCCUAAAACUUCUGCUUCGAGGAAAGGCAAGCCCUCUAAAGUAAGUACAUCUUCCCCUCCUUCCAUGACUGCUAGAAAUGUAAAAACUCUUGAACUCUCUACUAUAGUAAAGAAACCCCAGUCUAUGACUAGUCUGUAUCUUGAUCCCAUUAGUGUUGAACCUAAUGUUGGUAUUUCUAAAGAUCGUCCUGUUUUGACAAAUGUUAUGGAAGAUGUUGAAACCUCUAAAACCAGUGAUAAACCUAGAUCUGUAACUACUUUGAGUAAAUCCAACGUGAUCGUUGAGGACAGAGACGACGUAUACAAGAAUAUCCAUGUGUUGAUCUCUCAAGUGUUGGGUAUUGAACCCAAGAUUGAUGUCGUGCCGGAUGUCUCCACAUCCUUGGCCCAACCUGAUAACACUACUGAGACCCUCAUGGAUAAAUCUGAUGUGAAUGUUUCUACUCUGUCUCCUGAAAAAUUGAAAGACAAAGAAAGGUCUGAAGGAAUGACUGGUGAUCUAGAUAACAAAGAUAAAAACUCUAUUGAGAAAAAGGAUCAACCCACUGACAUGGUAAAUAUUGAGGAUCUAGACUCUGAUGAUGUUCCCAUUGGUCAAAUAUUGGCUCCAUGUAUAUCUAAAAUAUUGAAGAACAGAAAAUGUCAAGCUAUUGAAUCCUCCAGCACGCCCUCCAAAUCUAUCAGGAAAAGAGCUAGUGGUGGCCCUAAAAAAAGAUGGAGCAAGUUUGUUACGCAUGUGUCUAAGAAGAAAUCCUUGAAGAGGAAGGAAGUUUCUUCUGAGUAUAGUGAGUCUGACCAUGAUGUCGAACACAAUGUUCAUGACAUCCUUUCUACUGCCAGAAAGCAAGCAUCUGGGAAGAAGAUUCCAACAAAUAUCCCUGAAGUUCCAAUUGACAACAUUUUCUUUCAGUCUGUGGAGAAUGUUGAAAAAUGGAAAUUUGUGUAUCAAAGAAGAUUAGCUCUGGAAAGGGAAAUGGAUAAAGAUGCUUUUGAAUGCAAAGAGGUGACGAGUCUGAUUCAAGAGGCUGGAUUAAUGAAAACUAUAACUAGUUUUGGCAAGUGCUAUGAAAUGCUUGUUAAAGAACUUAUUGUGAACAUCUCUAAGGAAUGUGACAACAAGAGGAUCAAGUAG